CAAUCAAAAUUGUAAAUUUUCAAAACUUCUGCCUUUUUUUGUUUUAAUUUUUCUCAAUGUGUUGUUCAUCAAAUCAAAAAAAAUUAUCCGUGGUCUAUAGCCAUAUUGAUCAAUUAGAAAUAAUUCCGACAAUAUGUCCAAAUCUAAAGUGAAUCCACAAGGCGCAGCCAAAUGGUGUCACUGCAGGAGUACGAGUAUUUCUUUGAGUUUGUCCUUUUUAUUAAACUUGUGAACCAAGAGCUCGCUUUCUUAAACUGAAGUUUUUCUCUCUGCUUUUUCUUCCACUUCAACAAGUUCCUCUUCAAACAUUUCUUGGAGUAUACCGAUCUUAAAACUCGGAAUUUUUGUCAAUGUCCAUAUUUCAGGAAUUUGCAAUUGUUUUUACCAGAGAAAUUUAAUAUCCAACACGGUGAGGAUUGCCGAGCUUUGUGUAGCAUCCAAAUGUAAAUAAUUUCUUUUUUUUCUUUUUUUUUUCUAUCUAUAACCUUAAUUUUAACAAUGACUCUUGACCAAGAGCGGGCAAAUAUUUAUUUAUUUAUUUUAAAAUCUAUUGAUUACAACUUUGAUGCAUGUAGAUAUAAAAUUUCUAGUCUUCUGAUUACAUUUAAAAGGUACGUUUAUUUAUGACCUUAAAUUCUACUUUAACAACUACUACCACCCUUUCUCUAUUGCAACAAAGAUUCUACUUCAUCGCCACACAGACUCUAAGAUUACAAUUUACACAAUCCUUGUAUUGUCAUGGGCUAAUUUUGGAAAAGUACCAGAAAGAGUUUUUCUCUAUGGCAAAUCUAGGGAGAGUUCCAACCAACUUUUGCCUUGCAUUCAUUUGGAUAAGGUUUGGUGUCCUACUCUAUCGUGAAGUGCGAAAGAAGUGGUCUUCAUCUACAACAAGGAGUGGCGAUGAAAUCUGUGUCACCCGUUUGGCUAGAGAGGCGGAGAUCGCUCAUAUUACGGAGCUUCUAAAUCCAGGAUCAAUUUGGGAGGAUACGGUCGAAAGAAACUGGUUUUCAAGGCAGCUUCGUCGUUUUUACAAACCAAGGAAAGACUUCAAAUUUUCGCCACAAUUCAUUUCAACAACGCUGGUGAGCGCUUUAAUGAUCUUUCAGGUUUUCAUGGCGCUUUUGUCUUUUUUGAACGUGAUAAGAAGGGUCUUUAUCCAAUUCUACAAAAAUAACGGUAACAGCAGCUUGGGUAAUGUUUACGAUGUCUUCUUUGGCGUGAUAGAAGCAGGAGUUGUCGUUCCUGCUAUCUUUUCUCUUUUGAUGUUGCUUCAUUUCAUGAAAUGCCACCGAGAACACGUGCUUCAGUUGUACCGAGGGCAGGCCACAUUUUCUCAAGACCUGUUGUUGACACCUGCGAAUUCAGUGGGGAAGAGUCUUCGAUUUUCUGGAUAUCAGAUCGCGUACACAUUGAUUGGUUUUGUGAUUUGGUCAGUUUUUCUGUCAAUUAUAGCCAUUGUUAUGACGAUCAUUUUCAAAUAUCCGAAAGAAAUUCUUGGCGAAGAGUUAUGGAAACGUUUAAAAGACUCUGGAAUCACUCUACUACCCACCUUGGCCUUGAUUAUUUCUUUGAUGUUGUUCCAGUUGUUUCUAACCCGUAUUGUCUUCCGUGACUCAACCUAUCCGAAUAUCACUGUCACGAUUGAUAACAGGCGGCUAUUCUCCAUCAUGUCGUACUUUUUCUUCUUCUACAACAUAAUUCUUGGACUUUUCUCUGGUUUCAUGCGAAUUCUAAAGGGCAUGCUUUUGGGAGUGAUAUUUAUCUCUCGUAUCGACCGAACAUCACUAAUGCAGGGUUUCCAAGCUUGGGACAAAGCUUUUGUGGCAUACCUUGGCUUUGUGACUGUGCUGGUUGCCCACAGACAUCCCGUGAUGCUGGUGUUCUGCCAGUUGCUUAUUGACAGACGAAAAGGUCACCAGCCGCUGCAACAGCGAUCUGCGACUAAGCCCGUGUAUCGUAGGUUCGGCGCCGGAACAGAACGCUCUGAAGGCUUUUGUCGGGAGUACCGUCAACCGCGCAUGUCUCAAAAGGCCGUCAACCGCUGGCUCCUGGCCUUGACUCUCUUGCGCAACCCAUCUCUUAUCAAGUACCGCUGCCAAGGCCACCAUGUCACGGCGACUGUUGUGACUCUGGGAAGCGUCAAGUUUGACGUUCCAGUGUAAAAGUGUCAGACUAACUCAUAGGAAAGAACAUUGUUCGCUUUGUAUAGUUCAUUUGCCGGAGAUCUGCUGUAGUUUGGGGUAUCACAAAAUUUAAGGGUCUCCUUCGUUAGUGACUAUAGUAUAAUAGACACUGUAUCUGGAUGGUUUUUUUUUUGGUUGUUGUGUUGUUUUGUUUUGUUUUUUUUUUUUUAUUUUGUUGAGUCAAAAUGUUCCUCCCUUAAUUACAACUACCCUAAAUUUUGGGCUAAGCUUUAUUAAACACGGACCAAUACUCAUGGUCUUAAA